CCAAAAAUAUAAAAGUUUUCUAUGAAUAUUGUCAGUUAAUGAAUGAAGCAAGGUAUACAGCUUUGCAAAUGUUAAAAGUUGAGGCAAAGCCUGGUAUAAUUUACAAAGCUGUUAAAGAUAAAGAUGAAGCAUCUACUGCAACAAGAAAAUACAUUUCUAAUUUGG